AUGGCUGCUUUGCGCGUGCUCCUCUUGACACUGGCGAUCGCCGCGAGCUGCGUCUCCGCCUCCGCCCCUGACCCGAGCCCCGACGCCGUCGCGCUGCUCGCAUUCAAGUCGGUGUGCUCCGACCGCGCCGAGGCGCUCGUCUCAUGGACGGAGUCCUCCGACCCCUGUGCCGCCAAGUGGCGUGGCGUCACCUGCCAGCGGCCGUCGUCGCUCACCUCCCCGCUCCGCGUGCGUCGCAUCGUCCUCGAAGGCCUCCAGCUCAGCGGGCACGCCGCGGCGCUGGAGCUGCUCGCGGAUCUCCCCGUUCUCUCGUCCCUUAGCCUCAAGAACAACACCUUCACGGGCGCACUCCACGGCGUCGACUUCUCCCGCCUAGCGCCGCACCUCAAGCUUCUCUACCUCUCCGGCAACGGCUUCUCCGGCAGGUUCCCCGAGUCCGUCCUGCGCCUUCGCCACCUGCGCCGUCUCGACCUUUCGGGAAACCACCUCGCGGGCACGAUCCCGCCGGAGAUCGGGCACUGCCUCCGUGCUCUCCUGACGCUGAACAUUCAGCGGAAUUCGUUCGUCGGGUUCGUGCCGGACUCGCUGGACGCAAUGCCCAAGCUCGCGGAGCUCAACGUCUCCGGCAACCACCUCGAGGGGCGGAUCCCGAACCGCCUCGCGGCUGCCUUUCCCGCGUCGUCGUUCGACGGCAAUCCGGGCCUCUGUGGCGCGCCACUGGCCCGCCGGUGCAAUCAACCGCAGCAAAUCGUGUAUAACAACGGCGGCGGCGAGGCAUCGAACGGAUCGAUGACGACGGGGAGGGGGAAUAAGAUCCAUGACCGGUGGAUGGUCGUGAUGAUCAUGUCAGCGGUGGGCGCCGCGGUCGCGUCGUUGGUCGCGGCGGCGCUGUGCGCCGUGCUUCUACUGAAGAACAGGAAGCCGGCGAGACGGCCCCGCGCCGGCUCUACGUCCGUCAACUCGACGGUGGCACGGGAGGAGACGGUGCGCUUCGACGGGUGCUGCGUGGAGUUCGACGUGGCCACGCUCAUGCAGGGCGCCGCAGAGAUGCUGGGGAAAGGAGCAACGGCGACGACGUACCGUGUGGUCAUGGGAGGCAACGUCGACGCGAGCGACGCCGGCGUCGAGGAGGCCCUCGGAGAGGUGGUGGUGGUGAAGAGGAUGAGGAGGAGGGACGGCGCGUCGAGGGAGGACGAGAGGCGGCGGAGGGAGCUGGCCAGGGAGAUGGGCACGUGGCGGCACGCCAACGUCGUCGGCCUGCGCGCGUUCUAUGCGUCCACGGAGGAGCUGCUCCUCGUCUUCGAUUACAUGCCCAGCGGCAGCCUCCAUAGCCUCUUGCACGAGAACCGUGGCCCGGCAAGAGUUCCUCUGGGCUGGCAGACCAGGCUGAAGCUGGCGCAGGACGCGGCGCACGGUCUCGCCUACCUCCACCGUUUGUCCGGCGGCAAUCUCUCCCACCGGCACCUCACUUCCUCGAACAUCCUCGUCGACGGCAGCGGCAACGCGCGCGUCUCCGACUUCGCUCUCCUCCAGCUGCUCGCGCCGGCGCCGCCUGGGGAGGCCCUGCAGAAGCAGGACGUGCACGGUUUCGGCGUCAUCCUGCUGGAGCUCCUGACAGGGCGCCGGUCGCCCGAGGACGGCAGCGCGGACCUGCCGCAGUGGGCGCGGACCGUGGUGCGGGAGGAGCGGACGUCCGAGGUGUUCGACGUGGAGCUGCCGCGGACCAAGGGCGCCGAGGACGAGAUGGUGGCGCUCCUACAGGUGGCGCUGCUCUGCGUCGCCGACAACCCGAGGGAGCGGCCCAGGAUGGCUGUGGUGGCCAAGAUGAUCGAGGACAUCAGGGACAGGGCGAGCAAGCGGAGCAACAAGUACUCCGCGUCUCCGUCGCAAGCGGGGCACUCGUGCGAGUCCUCUCCCUGCGUGUCCGAGGACACCACCAGGUCUACUCCUGCCUCAAGCUCUUGA